GCCCUCAAUGAACCAACAAUGAAUCCUUUAUGCUAGAGCUCGGUCCCCCCGAAGGGCCUUCCCGGCUCGGCAUAUUCUAGCUAGCAUUUGUUUGCUUUUCAAAGGUCUGCAUUAAGAUUACGUAUUGAACGAGACAUUAGUGAUCUGAGCCCUCAAGAAGGCUUGUUGAUCACACCAUGACGAGCCAGCCAUUGAUGUGAUAAGCGAUGCUGUGUUGGAAACAUCCGCAUCGAGCUUAUGUGAUAGCGACCCUAGACGCUAGAUUCGGGGAACAGGUUCGGAAUUACGUUGCCCCAAAGCCUCCUCGCUCUUACUACUGGCAGCAACAGGGCAAGUACAAUGUAUGCCUAACUUCAGGCAUUAGCCGCAAGGAUUAAUACUGUUGCGCAUCAGACUAUACCUCGAAAGAACUACAAUGCAGCUCGAAGGGUAUAUACGCGCAUAUCCAACCCAUGGCGCAGCUCCUUGUUUGUGGCUGUCGUCUCGCAAUCCCAGCCGGGGUACUUGAGAACCCGUCCAUUACGGCUGAAUGUCAGGCGUAUUCUACAGAAAUUCCACUGGCACAGUUCCCAGCACCAUCGUAGCGCCAGUUAAUGUGCAAUUGAAGUUAUGGACGUCGCCGAUUCAAUGCCUCGUUUCCUGUAUAUUCUUCGGCGCGGACCCGGUUCUAUAUUUAAGAGCGGCUCGGGUACGGGAAGCCUCCCGAUCCCAAGCAAUCGCCGCUGGGCUGCGAGGACUUCAGGACGCUAUUCUGCUUGGCAGAGUGGCUUGGGCCUACUACAGGGGGUGCCAUUCUGUUGGUAUCGCUGGGUGCUGCGGGGGAUGUGUGCGCCAGUUCGUCCCAGCCCCCCUCCGAGUCGAGGGUAUACAAAUGCUUUCCAUAUCGUGAGGUUAGUUCUUCUGUCGAUACUCUAUGUUAAUACUCAGAUAAUCCGUCGAGUGAAUUUAAUCCCAUUUUAUUGAAAUCAAAUUGGCCUGUUAUAACAUCGUCGAUAUGGAGGCCGUAACCACACCUAUCAAGAGCGGCACUGAUACAACUACGGAGCCAAUAUGGACAUCCGAAUCCGUCAUAUCGACUGAGAGGAUGCCGCAAGGCGAUAAUAUUAUCUCCCCUGCAGACGGUCCCUUCACCCCAAGUCGCCGACGAAUAAGUAGUACGCUUUCGACCGGUUCAAGCAAUACCAGCACAUCAUCGACCUUCUCAAGCCAGCUCAAUGACUACUCUAGUAGCGUGGGAACACCUCUCACACCUCCAUCGACUGAAGAUGCAGAGUCCAAGGGGCAGAAUCCCUUACAAUGGGAAGCUAAUUCGAAGGAAAAGGAUUCCGAACAAUCGACUGGGGAGAUACUUCAAAGCGAAAAAUUUGAAGGAAACAGAGGUGCGGAUCAACGUCACUCAACCCCGCAGCCGGAAAAUGGCGUUAUUGAGUUCGGAUCCGGUUUGGUGUAUGGCCAUAAAUUCAGUUUGGUGGUCGCCAUGGGUUAUAAGUCAUCGACGGCUAAGAAUGUGAGCGGGCAGGAUCUUAACACGGAGGCUGAGCAGCAUUUCCUGAAACCCGGGGAGCCAGACGUUGCGAGCAACGGCAGCGAAACACACCCAGAAACUGAGGAUGGGACACUGGAAGACUCUCGUUCAUCGAGGAAAGCCAGAAUAGAUGGUGCUUCUUUAAUUCCUACGGGGUCACUUUCCGAUGAUGCCCAGGUGCAUUUAGUCAAUGGUCCACCCCUGAUACCAAUCGCUAUACCUACCACCAGACCUCCAAGUCGCGACUCAUCUUUCAACAGACCCGCAACCCCAUCUCCGAAAGCUAGCCUAGAGACAACAGCUAGCUUAAUUACUUCGCGAGAAGUUGAAGUUGUAGGCUCUCUUUCUGACAAUACUGCUGUGCCAUCGCAUAAUGCGGGAAAUGGAACGCCCGAGGAACCAAAUACAACACCCGAGGAACCCAAGACAACGUCCGAGGACCUAAAGACAACGCCUGAGAAACUGACAACGCCUGAGAAACUAAAGGUAACAUCGAAUAAAUUAAAGAGAACGCGCAAUAAAUCACCAUCACAGAGUGCGCGCCGGCAAUCAGCGAGGCUUCUCCAUAAUGCGGGAAAUGGAACGCCCGAGGAACCAAAGGGCGAGGAACUAAAGACAAUGUCUGUGGAGCCAAAGACAACGCCCGAGAACCCAAAAGUAAUACCUAAUAAAUCAAAGAGAACGCGCAAUAAAUCAACCCCACAGAGUAAGCGCCAGCAAUCAGGGAGGCUUCUCCAAAAAAAUCAAGUUACGAUCAACGCUAGUGCAACUACUGAUCCGAAUGUCGAAGAGUCAGAUUUACCUCUUAAUGUCAAUGAAAAGCCAUCGUCGCAGAAUUUGGGGAAACAGAUGCGUGGUUUAGAUGAACGUGAAGCUAUUCCAGAUGAAUAUCUGGCGUCAACGACAGACGGUCGAGCGCCAGGCCCUAGGGGUCGAGAACCAGCUGAGGCAGCUGAGGUUGUGCAACCCUCAAUCGAGGUCGGUGAGAAGCCAGACGCGGAUACUACGGAGAGGGCCGGCAGUAUACAAUUUAAGCAGCACGGGGAGACAAAGUCGCCUAGCGAAAUCAAAGCUGAAAUACUCAGAAUCAUCCACAAGGGAGAUAAAGAGGACAAACAAGGCUUCGUAUACAUCUACAAGGUGGAAGGUUCUAAUGGACACGUUAAGAUCGGAAAGUCAAGGCAGAAGCAUGGGAAACGUCUCAUGCAGUGGAAUGGACUAUGUAAAUUGAAACCCGAGCGCAUAUGUGAUCCUAACCACAGAAGACUCCAGUAUUAUGGGAUGGUCGAGGAACUCGCGCAAAUGGAAUUAUCGAAUGAGAGAAAGACAUACCAGUGCGACGUAUGCCGGAAAAUGGAUGGUAAGUCACCAAAAGAGCAUAAGGAGUGGUUCAAAGUAACGGAGAAACAUGCGCUGGAAGUCGUCGAGAGGUGGCGCGGGUGGCUUGUUCAACACCAACCCUACGGGUUGGAUGGAACCCUUCUCGAUAUCUGGGAAUGGAAGCAUAAUAAACUAUCAAAGGCCAACACGGUUGACUUUAAGGAGUGGGUUAUAUUGACGCGGUCUGACGAGUAUGCCUAUGCCUGGCAUAGAAUUGACGGUCACCUUCAAAAAGAGCUCAAAAAGCCGAUAUUACGAUCCUCACUAGCCAUCAACGCAGCACUCGUUGCUGUCACAUUGAUCUGGUGUGAAUCGGGCGCGUUUUUGGCAUCGUGUUUUGUGAUGGUUAUCCUAUUUAUGUUUUUGAAGUAUUCUUCUUAAUCUAUAUUAUUUGUCUGGGUUUAAUAAUAAUAUAUUUUGCCAAUAUACUUUGGACCUUGGGAUAUCGAAGAUUAACAGCAAAGAACAAUGGAG